UUCUAUUUCCAAAGUUGCUGGGGAUUUUUGUCCCUGUAAAUUGUUCUGUUAAACCCUAGUAGGGUUUAAGAAGAUUGAUUGCUGAAGUUAAGCGCCCCAAAAAAAUCGCUUACCAAAACUCUCUCAUACGUUUAUAAAGUCAGGUAUUCUCCUAUUUUUGAAGUUACUAUGAUAAACUUCUUGAAACCCCAAUUUUUAUCACUUGAUAAUGGUGGAUUUUCUGUACAAUUCAACCGCUGAAGAGGUUGAAGAUGAUAAAAAAAAUCAACCUUUUUCAGACCCUUUAAGCCUACUAUCUAUCCCUGAUUUUGACGAAUUGUCUUUGUCUUUUGCUGAUUCUCUUCUUGAUUUUGAUUCCCUCAGUGAUUUGAUGUCGGAUAGUCCUAUGGCUGAUAGAAAUCAAGAAUCCCUUGAGCUUGAUUCUGUAGAAGUUGAGUUCAGGAGUAAUGAUGGAGUUUCUGAGAAAAGUGAAAUUCAAAUGGAGGACCCUUUGAGUUGUUUGAAUCAAGAAGAGAGUCAAAUUGGUGUUUCUGAGAAAUGUGAUAUUCAAACUGAGGACCCUUUGAGUUGUUUGAAUCAAGAAAAGUGUGUUUCUGAGAAAUGUGAUAUUCAAACUGAGGACCCUUUGAGUUGUUUGAAUCAAGAACAGAGUCAAAUUGGGGUUUCUGAGAAUGGGAUGAAAGUUGAGGACUUUGAUUGUAUAGUUGAGGAGAAGAUGGGUAGAGUUAGCAUAAGUGGGACAGAGGAUGAAAGAGUGGUUGAUCAAGCUGAUGUUAGUGGCAGUGUGGUGGCGGCGGCGGCGGUGAUUAGCAAGAAUGAGGAGAAUGAUAAUAAAGUUGUCAUCAGUAGUAAGGCUGAGGAAAGAAUUGUGAAUGAUACGGGUGUUAAUGGAAAUGGAAGUACAGUGAGUAAUAGUGAUACGGAGUCUGAAAGUGAAAGUGAAGCCUCUUCCUCGGCCUCUAGUAGUGACAGCGAUGAAGACGAGAGUAGUUCAAAUGAUGAAGUAGAAGAGGAGGUGGAUAUGGAAGAAGGCGAGAUUGUAGCAUCUGAUGUCGAUGAGAUGGUUGGUUGGGAUGACGACGACGAGGACACUGGUGUUAAGGGACCUAUCAGGUCUAAGAAUGAGGUUCAGGUUCUACCCCCAGUUCCGGAAGUGACUGCAACCUUGCAACCACAUCACCAGAUGCAGCCUGUAGGAGUUGUGACAUCGACUAUUGGGGCCCAAGUUGUAGUAGAAGGAGUGGAGAAGCAUACUCCUCUUUGUGAUGGUUCUAUUCUCUGGAUAACAGAAAACAGAUCUCCACUCGGUAUAGUAGAUGAGAUUUUUGGGCCUGUCAAGAACCCGUACUACAUUGUAAGAUACAAUUCUGACAACGAAGUUCCCCCUGGAAUCCACCCAGGCACCUUGAUCUCUUUCGUCCCUGAAUUUUCAAGUCAUAUCUUAAAUGACAACAGUCUUUACAAGAAAGGGUAUGAUGCAUCUGGUGAAAAUGAUGAAGAGGCGUCUGAGGAUGAAUUUUCAGAUGAUGAGAAGGAAGCUGAACACAGGAGAAUACUAAAACUGAAAAAGAGGGGCAUCACAAAUGACCAGAAACCAGGAAACAAGAAGAAGGACAAAAGGAAUCUUAAAAAUCGAUCACAGAACUGGAAACAUGAUCAAGGUGUGGCUACAGAUGUGCAACGUGAAAAUGGUAAGCCAUCAGUUGACCAAAGUCCACGCUUUAUCCCAGCUGCUGCUGCUCCUGUGGAUCAAGGCAUUCAUCAAAGCGCCGCUCGUCAAGGACAUGGACAGAGUAUCAGGCCUCCAUCAGUUCCUCCAUUCCCUCAUAUGCAAAAUUCCCCUGGCUUAGCAUCACCGUCAACUGGAGUUUGGCCUAAUGGAUUCCCAUAUCAACAGCCCCAGAAUAUGGGCUUUCCUAACACACUGCCGAAUAUGGGUAUGUCGUGGCCCCAACAAGGUCAUCCACAGCAAAUGUUUCAAAUGCCUUUGCCAAAUGCAUUACCUUUUGAGCAGCAAAUAAAUCCAACUCUUCCGCCUAGCUUUAUGUUCCCAGGUGGACUACCAAAUUUUGGUGCAGGGCCAUCAUUUGGACCUUGGCCUGCCUUUGGACAAAAUGUUUUUAAUCAAUCACCUAUGGCGAUGGGCUUACCAGGCCAAUUUACUCCUGCAACCAUGAAUUUGGGAGGUCAGGUACCAGCGAAUGGACCACAAUCAGGACAGAACAAUAAUUCACAACCAAAUGCUGUGGUUCCUGGGUAUCUUAAUGGCUCUCCAAACUUCAAUCAAGGACAAUCACCUUCGCCAAUGGGCUUACCAGGCCAAUUUACUCCUUCACCCAUGAAUUUGGGAGGUCAGGUACCAGAGAAUGGUCCAAAAUCAGGACAGAACAAUAUUAAUGUCUCUCCAAACUUCAAUCGAGGCGCUCAUUCUGGUGGUGGUCGGAGAGGAAAUCACAGGGGUGGUGGCCGUUUUGGUGGUAGGAGAGGUAGGUCACAACGUAACUGAAGUUGUGGAAGCCUUUACUUUGUAACUUCCAUUAGAAAGGUAGUAUAGUAGUUUUAUUGUUUUACUUUUCCCUUCUCCUUUAGGGGGUCAAGUGUGUGUAGGACUAUCCACCUUAUGUAAUGAAUUUUGUCCCAAAUUCGAAAUGUUUGUUUUC